AAAAAAAGAAAAAGAAAAGAAAAGAAAAGACAGCUACGAAAUUCAGAUGGUCGGACGAACAUACCGGUCCUGUUGAAAUCUGAUUGUCCGAGAAGAUAUAGCUGCCGGAAAGUUUAUGUCAUCAGUUCCUUGAUGGCCUAAACCCUAGUACUUCAUCGUCUUCAUUUCAUUGAAGCUGCAUCGCUUCAUGUUGCAGGUUCAAAACAAGGUGUCAAGUUGUUUUUUUCUAUUAAAGGGUUAGCUUGGGUUUUUCUCUGCAUCGCGUUUGCCCUAGCAGAUCGGGAAGCUGCUGGGCUUUUAUGAUUUUUUAAUUUGUAUCUGGGCAAUGGAUUUAUGAAGCUGGGGAAACCAAAAUUGGGAUAAAAGAGAGAGCUGGGGAAGUCCAGUGUUGAAUUGACGCCUAAGGUUUAAAAUGAAGACUGGGAGUGCGGCCAAACUGAUUGUUGAUGCACUUCUGCAGCGGUUUCUUCCCUUGGCAAGGCGUCGGAUCGAAACUGCUCAAGCACAGGAUGGGCAAUACUUGCGACCAUCUGAUCCUGCUUACGAGCAAGUUCUGGAUUCCCUGGCUAUGGUGGCACGACAUACACCAGUACCCCUUCUGGAAGCUCUUCUUAAGUGGAGAGAAAGUGAAUCUCCAAAAGGUGCAAAUGAUGCUCAAACAUUUCAGAGAAAGCUUGCAGUUGAGUGUAUCUUUUGCUCUGCAUGUAUCCGAUUUGUGGAGUGCUGUCCACAAGAAGGACUUACAGAGAAUCUUUGGGUUGGGCUGGAAAAUUUUGUCUUUGACUGGCUAAUCAAUGCCGACAGGAUUGUUAGUCAAGUUGAAUAUCCUUCAUUGGUUGAUUUGCGAGGGUUACUUCUGGACCUUGUUGCACAACUCCUUGGUGCUCUGUCUCGAAUCAGGUUCAGUCCUGUGACAGAGCGUUUCUUCACCGAACUCAAUGCUCGUCGAAUUGAUACCAGUGUUGCCCGUAGUGAAACACUCAGUAUGAUCAAUGGGAUGCGUUAUCUGAAACUUGGGGUCAAGACUGAAGGAGGACUGAAUGCAUCUGCCUCCUUUAUAGCAAAAGCAAAUCCUCUUAAUCGAGCUCCCCAUAAACGGAAAAGUGAACUUUACCAUGCACUAUGCAAUAUGCUAUCGAACAUUCUAGCACCUCUAGCAGACAGUGUGAAGGGUCAGUGGCCACCUUCAGGAGUUGGCAUUUCCUUUUGGUAUGAAGCCCUUGCCCGGAUAAGAUUGGGGCUUGUGCAAUGGAUGGACAAACAAAGCAAGCAUAUAUCUGUUGCAUACCCUCUGGUGACUCUUCUUCUUUGUCUUGGGGAUCCUAAUGUAUUCCUUAAUAAUUUUGGCUCCCACAUGGAACAGCUCUACAAGCAUCUGAGGGACAAGAAUCACCGAUUCAUGGCAUUGGACUGUCUUCAUCGAGUUUUGAGGUUCUAUCUGACUGUUCAUGGGGAUUACCAACAAGCAAACCGCGUCUGGGACUACCUAGAUAGUGUGACAUCACAACUGCUAACUAUCCUCAAGAAAGGCUUGCUUACUCAGGAUGUCCAACAUGAUAAACUUGUUGAAUUCUGUGUAACUAUAGCAGAACAUAAUCUUGAUUUUGCCAUGAACCAUAUGAUCCUAGAACUGCUGAAACAAGAUAGCUCAAGUGAAGCAAAGGUUAUUGGUCUUCGUGCCCUUCUUGUUAUUGUUAUGACUCCAUCAAGCAAGCAUGUUGGCACGGAACUUCAUGGUCAUGACAUUGGUCUCUACAUGCAAAAAAUAAAGGCAGCUAUUGAAUCAAUUUUGAGGUCUUGCCACAGAAUUUAUGGCCAGGCUCUGCUCACUUCUUCAAAAACUACUAUAGAUGCUGUCACCAGGGAAAAGUCUCAAGGAUAUCUUUUCCGGUCUGUCCUGAAGUGUAUACCAUAUCUAAUUGAAGAAGUUGGUCGAAGUGACAAAAUAACUGAGAUAAUUCCUCAACAUGGCAUAAGUAUUGAUCCUGGUGUUCGUGAGGAAGCAGUGCAGGUUCUGAAUCGGAUUGUUAGAUACCUCCCACACCGCCGUUUUGCAGUUAUGAGAGGAAUGUCGAACUUCAUCCUUCGUCUUCCUGAUGAAUUCCCUCUUCUUAUUCAGACAUCCCUUGGACGCCUUUUAGAGCUCAUGCGCUUUUGGAGAUCUUGUUUACUGGAGGAUAGGCUAGAAAAUGAUGUUCAAGAGACGAAGCCAAAGAAUAUUCAGAAAGUUGACGGUUUCAGGAGAUCUUCUUUUCAUCAUUCUGGAGAAGCAAUUGAAUUCCGAACUUCGGAGAUAGACGCGCUUGGCCUCAUAUUCCUCAGUUCCGUGGAUAGUCAGAUCAGACAUACAGCGUUAGAAUUAUUGCGCUGUGUACGUGCUUUAAGGAAUGACAUUCGAGAGCUUGCAAUGAAUGAUCGAUCAGAUUCCAUUAUGAAAAAUGAAGCUGAACCAAUUUUUAUUAUUGAUGUUCUGGAAGAGAAUGGGGACGAUAUUGUUCAGAGCUGUUACUGGGAUUCAGGCCGCCCUUUUGACUUAAGAAGAGAAUUUGAAGCAAUCCCUCCAGAAGUGACACUUCAGUCUAUCUUGUUUGAGAGUCCUGAUAAGAACAGAUGGGCUCGAUGUCUUAGUGAACUCGUAAAAUAUGCAGCUGAACUUUGCCCUAGCACUGUUCAAACAGCGAAGAUAGAAGUCAUUCAGCGUUUGGCUCACAUAACACCUUCUGAGCUGGGUGGAAAGGCUAAUCAAUCACAAGAUGCUGACAAUAAAUUAGACCAGUGGCUAAUGUAUUCCAUGUUUGCAUGUUCAUGUCCUCCAGACAGUAAGGAAUCCAGUGGGCUAGCAGCAACAAAAGAUCUCUUCCAUCUUAUUUUCCCCUCACUGAAAUCUGGCUCUGAAGCUCAUGUACAUGCUGCCACAAUGGCUCUUGGGCAUUCACAUCUUGAGGUAUGCGAAACCAUGUUUACCGAGCUCACCACAUUCAUUGAUGAGGUUUCUCAAGAAACAGAAGGGAAACCAAAAUGGAAGAUUCAAAAGUCUCGGCGUGAAGAACUUCGUGUCCACAUUUCCAAUAUCUACAGGAAUGUUGCUGAAAAGAUUUGGCCAGGCAUGCUAACUCGAAAGCCAGUUUUUCGUCUUCAUUGCUUGAAAUUCAUAGAAGACACGACCAGACACAUCCUUACUGCUGCUCCAGAGAGCUUUCAUGAAACGCAACCUCUCCGCUAUGCACUUGCUUCUGUUCUAAGAUCAUUAGCACCAGAGUUUGUGGGGUCAAAAUCUGAAAAAUUUGACGUUCGAACAAGAAAACGACUGUUUGAACUUCUUCUCAGCUGGUGUGAUGACUCGAGCAGCACAUGGAGUCAAGAAGGUGGUGAUUAUCGGCGUGAAGUUGAACGCUAUAAAUCUAGUCAGCAUUCGAGAUCCAAAGAUUCAAUUGAUAAAAUUGCUUUUGAUAAAGAAAUGAAUGAACAAAUUGAAGCAAUCCAGUGGGCUUCCACAAACGCUAUGGCUUCUCUGUUGUAUGGACCUUGCUUUGAUGACAAUGCUAGGAAAAUGAGCGGACGAGUAAUAUCAUGGAUCAACAAUUUAUUUAUAGAGCCUGCUCAUAGGGCUCCAUUUGGUUACUCGCCAGCAGAUCCUAGAAAUCCUUCUAAUGCCAAGUUUUCAGGAGAUGGUGGACAUGGUGGAGCAGGCCGUGAUAGGCACAGGGGUGGCCAUCUUCGAGUUUCCUUGGCUAAAAUGGCUUUAAAAAAUCUUCUUCUUACAAAUUUGGAUCUUGUACCUGCUUGCAUUGAUCAGUGUUAUUACUCUGCUGCGGCCAUAGCUGAUGGAUACUUUAGUGUGCUUGCGGAUGUCUACAUGUGUCAAGAGAUUCCAGAUUGUGAAAUCCAGAGACUUCUCAGCCUGAUACUGUAUAAGGUGGUUGACCCAUCCAGGCAAAUCCGUGACGAUGCCCUCCAGAUGCUUGAGACUCUUUCAGACCGAGAAUGGGUCGAGGAUGGAAUCGAGGGUUCUGGAAGUUAUCGAGCUGCUGUUGUUGGUAACCUCCCCGAUUCCUACCAACAAUUUCAGUACAAGCUCUCUUGCAAGCUUGCAAAAGAUCAUCCCAAGCUUAGUCAGCUUCUUUGUGAAGAGAUCAUGCAGAGACUGCUUGAUGCAGUUGACAUAAUUGCUCAGCACCAGGUUCUCACCUGCAUGGCUCCUUGGAUAGAAAAUCUCAAUUUCUGGAAACUUAAGGAAUCCGGGUGGAGCGAUCGAUUGCUCAAGAGCCUCUAUUAUGUGACAUGGCGACACGGAGACCAAUUCCCCGAUGAGAUUGAGAAGCUAUGGAGCACGAUAGCCAGCAAACCGAGAAACAUCAGCCCUGUUCUCGAUUUCCUAAUCACGAAAGGAAUCGAAGACUGCGAUUCAAACUCGUCUGCUGAGAUCAGCGGCGCCUUUGCCACGUACUUCUCUGUAGCUAAGCGGGUGAAUCUUUAUCUAGCUCGAAUCUGUCCGCAACGAACCAUUGAUCAUCUCGUUUAUCAGCUGGCACAAAGAAUGCUCGAAGAUAGCAUAGAACCGUUUCGACCAACCGCCAAUAAAGCCGAUGCGAAUGGAAACAACUCGGUUUUGGAAUUCUCACAGGGACCCGUAGUGGCACAAGUAGCGUCGGUUGUCGAUAUCCAGCCUCAUAUGUCGCCAUUGCUCGUUCGUGGAUCGCUCGAUGGCCCGCUUAGGAAUACUAGUGGCAGUUUGAGCUGGAGAACGCCGGCGGUUGGCGGCCGGAGUGCUUCCGGCCCUUUAACUCCGAUGGGGACUGAAUUGAAUAUGGUUCCUAUAACCGCUGGAAGAUCAGGCCAGCUCCUUCCUUCUCUGGUGAACAUGUCUGGCCCGUUAAUGGGGGUUCGGAGCUCAACCGGGAGUAUUAGGAGUAGACAUGUUUCGAGGGAUAGUGGGGAUUAUGUAAUCGACACUCCGAAUUCUGGUGAAGAGGGAUUACAUUCUGGUUUUGGGAUUCAUGGUGUGAACGCUAAAGAACUACAUUCCGCCUUGCAAGGCCAUCAGCAGCAACAGCAACACACGCUUACUCAUGCCGACAUAGCGUUGAUUUUACUCGCGGAGAUCGCGUACGAAAACGAUGAGGAUUUUCGUGAGCAUUUACCUCUUCUGUUCCAUGUCACUUUUGUUUCGAUGGAUAGUUCUGAGGAUAUCGUGUUGGAACACUGCCAGCAUUUGCUCGUUAAUUUACUGUAUUCCCUUGCGGGAAGACAUUUAGAGCUGUACGAAGUCGAAAAUAGCGAUGGGGAGAACAAGCAACAGGUCGUCAGUCUGAUAAAAUACGUUCAGUCGAAACGGGGGAGCAUGAUGUGGGAAAAUGAGGAUCCGACGCUUGUCAGACCCGAGCUUCCAAGCGCCGCCCUUCUGUCGGCGCUCGUUCAGAGUAUGGUGGAUGCUAUCAUCUUCCAAGGAGAUCUUCGAGAGACAUGGGGUGCUGAAGCACUCAAAUGGGCUAUGGAAUGCACAUCGAGGCAUCUCGCCUGUCGGUCCCACCAGAUUUACCGAGCUCUACGUCCUCGAGUCACGAGCGACGCCUGCGUGUCGCUUCUUCGGUGUCUCCAUCGAUGUUUGGGAAACCCUGUUCCCACGGUUUUGGGGUUCAUCAUGGAAAUCUUAUUGACUUUGCAAGUGAUGGUCGAGAAUAUGGAGCCCGAGAAGGUUAUACUUUACCCUCAACUCUUUUGGGGAUGUGUCGCGAUGAUGCACACUGAUUUCAUCCACAUAUAUUGUCAAAUACUCGAACUUUUCUCUCGAGUGAUAGACCGAUUAUCGUUUCGUGAUAGAACGACAGAAAACGUGCUCCUCUCCAGUAUGCCUCGAGACGAGCUUGAAUCGAGAGCAGACCUCCAAAGAAUGGAGUCUAGACACGAGACAUUAAUGCAGUCCACUGGGAAGGUCCCGGUUUUCGAAGGAGUACAACCGCUCGUUCUCAAAGGGCUUAUGUCAACCAUUAGCCACGGAGUUUCCAUUGAUGUUCUAUCUCGAAUAACCGUACCCUCGUGCGAUUCGAUCUUCGGGAAUGAAGAGACGCGUCUCUUAAUGCAUAUAACCGGCUUACUUCCAUGGCUAUGCCUGCAGUUAGAGCAAGACGGUCAUAAUACAUCUCCGAUCCAACAACAAUACCAAAAGGCUUGCUCGGUUGCAUCCAACCUCACGAUCUGGUGCAGAUCGAAGUCAUUGGAGGAACUAGCCACAGUUUUCAUGUUAUACUCACAAGGCCACGUUAAAACAGUGGAGAAUCUAUUGGUGUGCAUUUCGCCUUUGUUAGCCAUCGAGUGGUUUCCUAAACACUCGGCGCUCGCGUUUGGACAUCUUCUAAGGCUACUAGAGAAAGGGCCUGAUAUAUACCAAAGAGUGAUACUCCUAAUUCUCAAGGCAUUGCUUCAACACACUCCCAUGGAUGCGGCUCAGAGCCCGCACAUGUACGCUAUCGUGUCUCAGCUAGUCGAGAGUACUUUGUGCUGGGAGGCUCUAAGUGUUUUGGAAGCCCUCUUACAAAGCUGUAGCUCGUUAGGCGGGGCCCUCUCGUCUGAUUUGGGGUUAAAUGAGAACGGAGGAAUUGUUGGGACGGAAGAGAAGAUGUUGGUGCCACAAACGUCGUUUAAGGCCAGGAGUGGGCCUUUACAGUAUGCGAUUGGGAGUGGAUUUGGAGCUACUAUUCAGACAGUUAACAAUAGUAAUAGCGAAACUGGGGGAUUGUCGGCUAGAGAACAAGCUUUGCAAAAUACGAGGUUGAUUCUGGGACGGGUGUUGGACAACUGCGCGUUGGGACGACGAAGAGAUUACAGGAGACUGGUGCCGUUUGUGACUACAAUAGGGAAUGUUUAAGGUUUCGGUUGUGUGUAUAAAAGUAGGUUCUUAUAUUAUGGGAAAUGUAAUCCAUAUCUAUUUGCUCUUAGCUUCUUGUGCAUAAUGCUAAGGAAUUUGUAUCUUCAUUCUCAAUUGGAAUUAUCCAUAUUUUGAAACUUC